AUGGCCGGGCCAGCCUUGGUUGAAUUCACCGACGCCCUUGGAGCCAGUGCCCCACUCUUCGUGCAGUGUGCUUGGGAGGCCAACACGCUCGGGAGCGCCGAGUCGGAAACCGCUGAGGCCGAGAAGCAGAUCUGCCGGUUGGUGAUUUUCGACGGCUCACACUGCUGGCGCGGCCCACUGUGCCGCCGUCAUCUCGCUGGUCCGCUUGGGGAGAGUUGGCGGGACCCGGUGAACUUGCGACUCCUUCGAUCAGCCUUGGCAUCUCCACAACCUUCAGGCACUUCAAGCGUUCUGGGGCCUCGCGCAGAGGCUUCCUGGAAACUGGUCGAGGCCUCCGCGGCCUCCGCGGCCUCUGCAGAGCCCGAGCUGGAGCUGACGGUCCGCUUUGUUUACAAGGAAGGCCCCGUUGCAGCCGUGCAGGCCGCCCGCUUCCACACUGUGCCGCUUGUAGCGGCCUUGGCUGGCCUCUGCAGGGGCGUCAGAGAUCUGCAGGCAGAGGCGCUGGAACAACAGCGUCUUGCCAAAAGCCAGCAGUCGGCUCUGCAAGAGAAGCAGGAGACUUUGAAGCGCCAGCUCGAGGCGCUGCCCAAGGAAGCCGAGGCCCAGGAGAAACAUCUUCUGGAAGGUCUUUGCAGCGUGCUAAAUGCACAGAAGCGGCGAUGCCUUGGACUAUUUGAUGUCUUGGCUGACGGUGGUGCUGGACGCGAGCCCGCACACGCACCGACGAUGUCGCUGGAGCACUGCUUGGACCGUGAGGUGGACGUACCUCCGCCAUCACUGACACGGCUGCCGCAGCCGACGGCGUCGGCCCCGUCCAUGCCUUCUGCCGCUCCAUCGUUGGAUUUGGAAAGCCCGAUGGCUUCCCUAGCCUUCGGUGACAGCUUCCGUGGCGCCCCCGAAACUACCUUCAGCAUUCCCUUGACAUUGGGCAUGAGUGCCAUUGGCUUUCCAAUCAGGGGCGGAAAAGAGCACUCGUGCGCAAGCAGUGUGCGUUCAGCUGCCAUUUCGGUGCAUGAGCUGUGA